AUGGAGAAGAGAAUGACCCAAGAGUCGGACAGGAUCAGCGAGUUACCGAAGCACAUAGCGGAAGAAAUCCUGUCGCGCCUGCCAAUUAAGCAGGCUGGGAGGACUAGUGUUUUGUCGAGAAAGUGGAGGCACAAAUGGCGCUCUAUUCCACGUCUCGUGUUUGAUGAUCAAUGUACCAGGAAGAAUGUCUAUGGACAACCUUUGCAAAACCUGGCGAAGAUAAUUGACAGGGUCCUCUUGCUUCAUACUGGCCCGAUACAAACGUUCGUGCUCUCUGACAAGGGGCUUUCGGCCACCCGUGACAUUGACCACUGGAUUCUUCGUCUGUCCGAAGUCUCCAUCAAACAGAUCGAACUCUGCAUCUAUGCCCCGCGGAAAUACAAGCUUCCCAGCUGCUUGUUCAAUUGUCGGGACUUGACUCGUUUGAAGCUCUACGGAUGUUCGGCGACUAUCCCACCCUCGUUUGAAGGUUUCAAGAACUUGGACACUUUGUAUCUUGAGCGUGUUGGGCUGCCUCCCAAUGGAAUUGAGUUUCUGAUAUCUCGCUGCCCCCUUUUGAAACAUUUGACUUUGAAAAAUCUAGAGGGGAUCACGCGAGUUAGCGUCGAAGCAGCUCACAACCUCGAGUCACUUAACGUUGGAGGAGCUUUUCUGGAUGUCGCAUUCGGUGUUAGGAACCAUUUGGAGUCGGUCACGAUAGGAUUCGAUGAUAUUAUUGGAUCUGACAAUGCCAACUCAAGCAAUUUGCACAAAUUCUUCCAACAUGUUCCCAAUAUUCAGAUUCUCAAGAUCGGGAAUUACUCAUUGAAGUGCUGGGCUUUUGAAAAUGUUCCACCGACACUCCCUCGUGCACUUGUUCAUCUGAACUACCUCUCCACAUGCAUAGACUUCAAUAGUAAAGAGCAGAUUUUGACUGUUAUUUGCUUGAUCAGAAGUUCUCCUCAAUUGAGAAAUGCAGUGUUUCAGACACAGAAUAGUCCCAAGAAACAGCAGACUACAGGGAUCGCGACAAUGGCCGACUUUUGGAAAGACCACCACCACCAAUCGUGCUGCCUGGAACAAUUACAAGUCGUAUCAAUGAGGACUAUUUUUGGCACCGAGCCAGAGCUGGAAUUCAUGAAGUUUUUGCUCACUAGUUUGCUGAACCUACAAAAAAUGAUCAUCAGGCCUAACGACAGGACUAUAGAAGUCAAGUUACUCAGGGAGUUGGUGCGGUUCCGGCGAGUCUCGGCACAAGCGGAGGUGAUCAUUCUCAACCCACCAAAAUCGCAUUGCAAAUCGUGUUAUUAA